AUGGUUUCCAAAACAAAUAAUAAUAAUGUUUUAAUUUUAAUGAUAUCUAUUUUGUUCUUUUUGACCAUAUCUGGGUUUGGUGUUAAUGGACAAACGGCAGUUCCAAAUUUCGUCUUUACCAACCCAGUCAAUCAACACACCUACACCUAUGUCAACACUACAGCAAUCACAUGGGCAACUGCAAAUGCCGCAGCUAUUGCAGCUGGAGGGUACCUGGCUACCAUCACAUCACAAGAUGAAGGUGAAUUUAUUGUCAAGAAUAGAUAUAUCUCUCUAGAUACUUACAAUCUUCUUCAUCUUCCUCCUCCUCCUCAAUUAUGUCUUACAGAAUCAAGUGUAUUAUAUGUAUGGAUAGGACAUCAUAGUAAUGCAUCGGUUGAUAGAUCUAUAUUCAGAUUUGAAGCAGGUCCUGAGAAGGGAUUGAUAUCAUAUGAAAGAAAGACGAAUCUAUGUAGUUUUUGGUGUAGUUGGACACCAUACCAACCAGACAAUUCACCACUAGAGGCGUUUGUUUCAUUCUAUGCUAGUCAGAUGUGGAAUGAUUAUACGGCUACUGCAUUACUGACAGGAUACAUUCUUGAAAAGGGUGGUACGACCGACCCAUUUACAAGCUCGAUUGGCACUGAAGGCGGGAACCUCAUCAUCUACAAUAUCAUUGGUAUCAACACUACAACUGCAACCGUCAAGUUCACUGCCAAUUCUCUUGGUCGACCAGACCCACCAAUCUACAUGGUGUCUCGUACCACUGCAAAUCAAUUAACUGUCUCUCUUCAAACUGGUCUAAUUGGUUAUUACGAUGUUAUUAUCAGUGAUACUAUAGUAACUAAAAUAAUUAAAAAGAAUCCUGUUCAACCACCACAUAUUUCAUCGAUUGUACCAGGAUAUAAAGUUGGUGAUUUAAUUACAGUGAAUGGAUUAAACUUUGGAAAUAAUAUUAGUUUGAUUGAUUAUUUCUACUUUUCUUCAUGGUAUGUUCCAUGUACACCUGUUUCCUACAGAGUGACACAUCGAUCGUUUAUAUGUAGUUUGACACAACAGAUUUAUGCCGAUCCUAUAGUUGGCAACACAGCUGUUAACCUUGGUAUCAUGAGUAUAUCAGUUGGUGGUAUUUCAAGAUUAAAUAUUACUAGAGUUCCCAUUUACAAUAGUUUAACAAAUAGUUUAAUAAUGUAUAGUGGUAAUCCAAGAGGAGUAUUUACAAACUAUUUUUCAUAUGAAACAAUGGCAUCGGUAGUAUUGACUCCUCAAAGUCCAAACGAACACAAUUUAAUGAGAAAUCUAAAUCCUGUCAAUUGUGUCUAUGAUUCUAAUCAUGUUGUUGCUGGAUAUAAUUUUAAAGCAGGUCCAAAUAUAGGUGCCUAUUUCAUUAAUAGUACUGCAAAAACAUAUAGUAAUGCAUUGGUUGUUGGCUGUCUAGGUGUUGAUGCUGAUGUUUAUACUCAAGUUGUAACAAAUGGAAUAGCAUUUAAUACUGUAUCAAAAAAAUUCUCAAAUGGAACUAUUCCAGCAUAUUGGUACUAUCAAUUUUCGUUUGCACCAACUGUUACUUUUACAACGAAUGGAACGUUGACACUUGGUACACCUGGUGGAUGGAUUAUUUUGCUUGUGAGGGGUAUGCGAUUGACUAGUGGAGUGUAUACGGUGAAGCGUGGAGCUGUGCAGAUAUCGGCUACCGUCAUACCAUUUACAAACAAUGGAUCGAUUGGGUUGACGGUGCCACCGAGCACAGGUGCAGCACAGCCAUUGUCAGUGACGGUCAAUGGUAUUGCUAGCACGGGUAUCAACUCGUACACGUUGGCAAUCUCCAAACCGAUCAUGACAUCUUAUACAGGAGUACAGUCGUAUGGUGGUAUCAUGACUAUCACGGGUGCCAAUUUCGGUACGACAACUUCACUGCCACUGCUCAAAUUUUGGUCCCAAGAUCACGUCGGUUACCCAUGA